AUUUAUUUUUGGCCAGUACAUUAGCGUACAGUGCGACCGGUGGCUGCCCGCGCGCACAAAUUCAAUCCCAGCGCGCCAAUACGCAUCGUUACAUAAUUUAAAAAUCGAACACUAUCAGUUCCAUAGUUAAAACUUAUCUGUGAGUUCUGCCGGCCAGUGUUUUUAGUUUUUAACGUUCUGACACAUCGAGUUUCAUUUAUUUUUGAAUGUCGUAAAAGAGACAGAAGAUGGAUAAGCCGACCAUUCAUAUGCUCUCCGUCCAGGAGAAGGGCGGGCAGACCAGGAAGGCGACACAGUACAUCGCUGCAGUAGCAGCUGCCAUCGGAGCCGUCAUCGCUGGAACCAUCCUGGCAUGGACAUCACCGGCGCUGCCGCAGCUGCAGCCUUACGUCCCGGUUAAUGGGACAGACGCCACCAUCCCAGCCCUGGCCAGGUCUGCGGAGGAUUCAAAUGACACUAUCCUGAUCAACUCUAUAGGACAGCCUGCUGAAUUUCUAUUGGAUUCUAAUGACAGUGGAACAGUAUCCUCAAUACUGGCCAUAGGUGCCCUCAUCAUCGCUCUGCCAGUGGGCUUCCUCGCCGAGAAGAUUGGCAGGCGGCCAACUAUCCUAAUUCUGUCCAUUCCAUUCAUGCUAAACUGGCUGCUCAUAAUCUUCGCCAAUGGAGCCGGCAUGCUGAUCGCGGCCAGGGUCUUCGCUGGUCUUGGCACUGGUGGUAUCUGCGUGGCAGCACCCAUGUACAUCGGCGAGAUAGCCGAGACCUCCAUCCGAGGGUCCCUCGGGGCGUUCUUCCAGCUCUUCCUGACCGUGGGCAUCCUUUUCACCUUCGUCGUGGGCGCCUAUACCCACUGGCGGGCGCUGUCCAUCAUAUCUGCUGUGCUGCCGCCUCUUCUGGUUAUAGUUUUCUGGUGGAUGCCCGAAACUCCUCAAUACUUGCUGGGCAAGAACCGGCGCCAUGACGCGGAGAAGGCCCUUCGCUGGCUGCGGGGCCCGGACGCCGACAUCUCUGCUGAGCUUGAGGAUAUGCAGAAAGACAUAGACAACGCGUCGCGGCAACAAGGCGGCAUCCUCAGCAUCGUGAAGAGCCGCGCGCCACGCAAAGCGCUCAUCUGCUCGCUGGGACUCAUGUUCUUCCAGCAAUUCAGCGGCAUCAACGCCGUCAUCUUCUAUACCAACAACAUCUUCCAAUCCGCUGGCUCCAACAUCGACCCUGCCAUCGCCACUAUCAUCGUUGGCGUCGUGCAAACCCUCGCCACAUAUGUCUCAUCGCUCCUCAUCGAACGCGCGGGAAGACGCAUUCUCUUGCUCCAAAGCUGUGUGAUUAUGGGCAUCUGUCUCGCCAUUCUUGGGGUCUACUUCAAGUUGCAAGCGGGAGGGGUAGAUGUGAGCUUUGUGGGCUGGGUGCCUCUCGUCUGCCUCGUCCUUUUCAUAAUUUCCUUCUCGAUGGGCUUCGGUCCGAUCCCCUGGAUGAUGAUGGCUGAACUUUUCACGGGGGAACUCCGCGGGGCGGCGUCAGGACUCAGUGUAGUCAUCAACUGGUUCCUCGUGUUCCUUGUGACGAUGUGCUUCCCUCUGAUGAAGGCUGCCAUUGGUAUUCACACCUGCUUCUGGUUCUUCGGGUGCUUUAUGUUUCUUUGCAUCUUCUUUGUGUUCUUUUUGAUUCCGGAGACGAAGGGUAAGACGGUGACGCAAAUUCAAUCGAUCCUGGCCGGUAAGAGGAUUUAAGUGGAUUUGGAAUACUCAUGUGCUGUGUGAAAUACGGCAGAUAGUUUUUGAAGGAUGGGCAGAAUGUGGCAAAACGCAAGGACUUGUACAUUUUACGUCAAAUAUCAUUAUUAUUGUCAUAAUCUUUGUAACUUAUAUGCCAUUUUAAACUGCUAUUUUUCUGCAGAACAAUAAGUUUUGCAGACAGAGGGAACCGAUUUUUUUAAAUGAACAAAUAAGUUUAGUAAUCAGUUGUGUGUAUGAACAAAUGAGUUGAACAUGAACACAGUAGGGACCAAGUGGAUUCCUCAGGGAAAUGCUUGGUAAUCGGGACGUUUUUAAAACGUUGACCCAUUGGCGGCGGGAAAAUUGCUUCUAUCGCAUUUCGUACCAUUAGGUAAGACAAUAAACACUUGGCAAGUUAAAAAAGAAUAGUUUAAACGUAGGAAAAUGGUUUAAGUAAAUCCUACCUCAGUAUCUGUAGAAUAGUAGUUUUAAAAGCAAGUACAUAUUUUGUAAAACGAAGUAUUUAUUUAUAGCUGGAAGAAAGUCAAAAGGUUUUGCAGUUGUUAUUUCAUGCCAAAUAUUUUUUCUACAGAUAUUGAGCCCACGAAUGUAAAUAUUUUUAUUUUUUGAUGCAAGAAUAUUUA